AUGGUAAGGUCAGGAAAUAACGAUGAGGUAAGUGUUUUUUGCGAUUUAUUGCGUUAUGGGUUGUUUUAUAUUUAAUUUUUGGCAGUUUAUUGAGGUUUAGUGUAGCUGGUGUUGAUAGGUAAAGAUUUGAAGGAAAGUAGACUUUAAAAUUGAGCAGUCUUUGUUAUUUAUUAUAAGCUUAUACACAGAAAAAGGUUUUAAAAUGGUUAUUUGCUGUAUACGUUUUUUUUGUUCUUGAGAGCAAUUGAUAUUACACUACUUUCUUACCAGACUGGAAUUUAAAAACAUAAUUUACCGGAAACAUGUUCGAAAAAUUGUUUAAAGUAAUAUUUUAGAUGAAAGAACGGUCAAAAAGACAAGUUUUGGAAAAUCAGCUGAAGAGAUUGCAAGAAGAAGAGAAAGAAACAUCACAUGUUGAGCAAUUACAUGAACAUGACAGUACUCCGAGGCCAACUGAAGAACCAUUAAUUCUUGAUACUCCAAUCGCGCAUGAGGAUGUGAAGUGCUCACAGAAGGUAAAAUACGGGGCGUACAUUUUUUUUAUGUAAUAUUAAAUAUAUAUUGAUAUCAGAAUACAUUAAUAUAAGAAUGUUUUUGUUGUCAAGUACUAGUUAGAAUAUUAUAGUCAUCAAAAGCACCACCAGUACACAUAUUUUACUAUCCAUGGUAUGGAAAUCCAAAGUUUAAUAAUGGACGGUAUUAUCAUUGGGAUCACUCUUUAUUACUCCUUGAAAGGCCAAAGAAAGGUGAACAAAGUAAGCGUUUGGCAUUUCAGUAACAUAAGCAUUUUCAGUUUAAAAAAAGUUGGUUACUUAUAGCUCUCAAAUAAUAUUUUUUUUUAUUUUGUUUUUAGAACGUUACCAGCCUCCAGAGGAUCUACCAAAUGUGUUUUAUCCUCAAUUAUCUGCAUAUAGUAGUAGAGAUCCGUCACUGAUUGAUCAACACUUUAAGUGGAUGAGAUCUGCUGGUAUUGAUGUUGUUGUUGUAUCGUGGUUUCGCGAAGACAAAGCUGAUGCUGAUGGUAUGUUUUAUGUUAUUAUAAAGUUAUAGAAUAAUAAAAAAGAUUUGUUAAGUUUUUAAGGUAAGUUAGCAUACUUUCAGAUUUAAACGUUUGUGUCAAAAACAGAAAUUUCUCGAACAUAAACAUUACUACUGUUUCAGGUUACCUAAUCCCCAAACUACUCGACGUUUGCGCUCAAUAUAAACUGAAGCUAGCUUUUCAUCUGGAACCGUAUGCUGGACGCACAGCUUUGUCUGUACGAGAUGACAUUGAAAAAAUAGUUAAAUUGUAUGGGAAUCACAGCGCUUUUUACAAAAUGAAAUCUAAAUACGGGGAUAAAUUGUUGCCCGUGAUGUAUAUUUAUGAUUCAUAUCAAGUAUCUACCGAUGAAUGGGCUGAAAUAGCAUUGGUUGAUGGAAAGAAGACUAUUCGUGGAACUGAAUUUGAUGCACUGUUGAUUGGUAAGUCCAAGUUUUGAAGAGUAAUGAAGAAGGUAAUGAAAAUGUAUGGUUAAUAUAGCCUAACAUUUUCAAUUGCCUUCCAUUAUAUAUCUUCAAACCGAGUUUUGUACGUAGUCUUUUUUUAUGGUAAAUUUAUUUCAGGCCUCGUCCUAAGACUCUCAGACGUACAAGGUGUGAAAUCAGGUGGGCUUGACGGUAUCUACACUUAUUUUGCUGCUGAUGGCUUCACAGAAGCUUCUUCCAUGCAAAAUUGGCAACGAUUGUCGAAAAUCUGUAAAGAAAACCGAUUACUGUUUGUACCAUCAGUUGGACCAGGAUACGACGAUAUCAGAGUCAGACCAUGGAAUGGAGUGAAUACGAGGGCGAGAGAUGGUGGAAAGUAUUAUGUUGAACAUUUUGAAGCUGCGCAUACGGCAAAGGUAUGAUUGAUAGUAUAAAUUUGAAUAGAAGUUGAGGAUGAUUAAGUAGACUUGAAGAAAAUUGAGGUUUUGGGACUUUGAGUGUCUUAACUCACAUUAUUUGCAGCCGGACAUUGUAUCUAUUACCUCGUUUAACGAGUGGCAUGAAGGAACCCAAAUCGAGCCAGCUAUACCAUUUACUGACAAAGGCAACGAAUAUACUUACCUACAAUAUGAAAAAGGACCGGAAAUGUACCUACAACUAACCAAUGAAAUGAUACGGAAGUAUUGCGUACCUCAUGAUUAA